AUGGCCGGAAGUAAUAUGGUUGUGUAGCUAGCUAGUUAGCAUAAUUUGAUAAGGAACAUUAAAGGUAGUUAAACCUAGUUAGCUACCUAGGUUAACGCUAGCUCGGUUAGUCAUUUAUGUGUCAGUACAAAGAAAAUGCCAUUUAACGUAUAGUGACUUUAGGUAGCGAAUGUUCAUGUCGUGUCUAAACCUGCAUACUUAGCCCCGUGCACAACCUAAAGCUAGCUCGCUAGUAAACUGCUUGCAAAUUUAGAUAUAACCAUUAAGCUAGCUAUCUUAUCUAUCCCUCACAACCGAUUCGAUUUUGAUAUUGAUUUCUCUCCCACGCACCUAGCGUAAUAGAUCUGCCCUCUCAUAUGUAGUAAUCUAUAAUGAAAAUCGUGGACUACGCUGUGCUCUGUGUGACCUAUGAACAUCUCUAGUGAAUUAUUAUUCAAACAGUACACAGGUUUAGCGGUUCUGACAUAGCCAGAUAAAUGAAAAUUUGGGUAUCCCUUUGGCUGUCUAUUCUCCAAAUAGUGCUGGUGGCUCCGGCAAUUGGUCAGUGUGGGUGAUUUGAUUGGUCCAUGGCUCGAGUCCUAACACUUUCUCGUAUCAUUCAUCAUUGGCGUCCCCGGUGGGCAGAAACAUCACUGGCCUGGGUCAGAAGCAUGUCGUUAUUAGAGGAGCGAGCCCGGGCUGUGUUUGCUGCCGCGGUAGAAGGAGUGCAGCCAGACAGUGUGGUCCACAGUGCUCUACAGCGACGUGGGGAUGAGCUGCUUGUAGGGGACCGCAGUUUCAAGCUCAGCAAUAACCUGCAUCUGGUGGGCUUUGGCAAGGCUGUGCUGGGCAUGGCAGCUGAGGCAGAGAGGCUUGUCGGGGACCACCUGGUUCGAGGGCUGAUUAGUGUCCCUCACGGUGUCCAGGAAACACUGCAGCAUCAUGGGAAGCUGAACAUGUUGCUUAAGAGCAGCAGUAGAAUUAAAGUUAUAGAAGGGGCCAAGCACAACCUGCCAGAUACAGAUGCCCAGAGGUCAGCUGAGGGGAUCCGAAAACUUGUGAGUGCUCUUACUGAGGGAGAUCUGCUACUUGUCCUCAUCUCAGGUGGAGGCUCUGCUCUUUUACCUGCUCCGGUCCCACCAAUAACAUUACAGGAAAAACAGGACGUGACGCGUUGUCUGGCAGCUGCUGGAGCCACAAUCCAGGAGUUAAACACAGUUCGGCGAGCCCUAUCACUUUUGAAAGGUGGAGGCCUGGCACAGUGUGCCUAUCCUGCUCAGGUGGUGGCUCUUAUUCUUUCUGAUGUCAUUGGAGAUCCUCUAGACCUCAUAGCUAGCGGCCCAACAGUGCGGAGCGAGACGUGCCCACAGGAAGUUUGGGCCAUCCUUGAUCGCUAUCACCUCUCUACCUCUGUCCCCGCAUCUGUCAAAGAAGUUCUAAAUAAAUGUCCUUCCCAGUGGAGAGAGGAGAGAAAGGAUGAGUGGGAUGACAAAGAUCACGUCCUAAACAUGGUGAUUGGCUCAAACACUAUUGCUCUAGAGUGUGCUGGCCGUAAGGCCCGAGAGUUAGGCCUACAUGCCGUGGUUCUGUCCCCAGGGGUGUGUGGUGAAGUUAGUGCUGUGGCCCGCCUGUAUGGGCUGCUCUCUCGCUUUGCCUGUUCACAAGAUAAGGAACCUCCUCCAUCAUUAGUAGCCCAGAUCCUCCAGCUGGGGCCAGAGGUGGGAGUAGAGAGCUGGGACCUCCAUCGCACAAUGAAACUGUUAAGAGAGGGAUGGGAGGAAGGCUGGUGCACCACGUGCCUGCUAGCUGGAGGCGAGCCCACUGUGCAGCUGAUUGGGAAGGGCAGAGGGGGAAGGAACCAAGAGCUGGCACUGCGGGUAGGGUUGGAGCUAAGCAGAGGGAUGGAGAAGAGUGCUGCCCUGUUCCUCAGUGGGGGAACUGACGGACAGGACGGCCCUACUGAGGCAGCUGGAGCAGUUAGUGAUGGAGAGAUGGAGGCAAAGGCCAAGAGUCAGGGACUGGAUAUUGAUCGCUUCCUUACCAAUAAUGAUUCAUUCACAUUUUUCUCACACCUUUCUGAUGGGCAGAGCUUACUUCUGCCAGGGCUCACGGGUACAAACGUAAUGGAUGUUCAUAUAAUGUUACUGCCACCUCCACCACCAUCAAAGUAGUGGAUCAAAAACACUGAGCUGGUGUGAUAUUUCCUCUUUUUAUAUGUAGAACAAACCGUUUGAUUAAGCAAGACAGGUAAUCAGGAAUUUUAUUCUUGAGAUUGAUAGCAUUUAGCUGGCUGUGCCUAGUGCCAUCUGGAAAGAAGUUCUAUUAUAAACAUCAAGUUCACCUUAUGUAGCUGAAGUUAUAAGUUAUUUUUAAUAUGUACUAUUCAGUAUGAAUAAUUAUGGAUCAAAUAUGUAACUCAUCAUUUACACCAAAUUUGCUGAACAAGCUCACUCAAAUGUAUUAUUAAAACCCAAUCAUAAUAGGA